ACCAUUUUAUGCAGAAAAAAAUUCGUAACUUUUAAUAGAUUUCUGUAGGUUUGAGUAAGGAUUGCGUAAGGAUUUGAACCAAAUCCGACCUAGGCUACGGACUAAAAAAUAAUUUAAUUACUUGUGUACAUAUAUAAUAAAAUAGUCGCUUACAUUGUAAGGCUAGCUAACAUUCUAUACCUAAAAGAGAGUAAAGAGUUUGUGCUUUCGGACUUUACCGAGAUUUCCCAAGUUAUCAAAGAGGAACCAUAACCACAGCUACAAAAUACAUUCCCUGAAUGCUUACUCAAGACACACUGACACCGGAACAGAUAGUUUGGAAUACCACAUACCCUACAGCUAGCAUUUGACACACAAGAGGCUAUAUUCAUGCCCAUAUUUAAUAACACACUUCAGAAGAAAAUCGCGAUAUACUUUCUUAUAAUAAGAGCAAUUUUCAAAAAGUAUUAACUGUAACACGAUAAAAUCUAGACAACAGUACGUAAAAUGAUAUAUAUCGUAAUUGUAUAACGCUACCAACUAAUCCACUUAAGUCACUAUAGUAUCCCAUUUCAGUAAAACAAAUGAGAGAUUUUUAAAAUAAGAUAUCUACUUAAGUCAGUUGAUAAAAACGUAUUGGUAACGGUAACCAACUUUUGGUGACCCAGGCUAAAAACCCUCUUAAACUUUAUUACAUAAAAUUAUAUUUUUAUAUACCUUAAAUUGUAGUAUAAAGUGAGAAACUAUUUGAGACAACUAUUUGUAUUUGCGAAGAAUACAAAUCCGAUAGUUAGGUGAUACUUUUUGGGCGCGAAAAUAAGUAAAGAUAUCGGGUAACAAAUUGUGAUUUAAAAUUUACAAAAAUUAAAAGCUUAUAAGAGAAGAAAAUCCUAUCUGGCUCCAUGACGGCAUGGAGAGGGAGUACUGUAAUUUUUGGAGUUACACCGAAAACAGGCGAUUAAUGACUUUUCGUAACAAAUAUAUCGCGACACCGUAACGUGUGCCUUAUUCCGGCCUUAUGUUUAAAUGACUUUCAAUAACACAUCAAAAAUAAUUUAUAUCAAACCCAUAACCGUAACCUAUUGACCGUAAGAAACGUCACAUGUAAAAAGUAAAUAGUAAGGAAAACCACAAGCUGCUCGAGGAACGCUAUCGAACGGAAUCGUACCGCAACCACAACUGAGGAUCAACGCUUGUUUUCAAGGCAGUGACAUGAUAUGAAAUUAAGGUACUUUGGCCAGGCCCAAACCAUUCGCAGUUGGCAGCCCAGAUUUGAAGGCAAAGGUCUUAUCGACCGGAACGAUCGGAACGAUCGCACCGACCGCACCGAUCGGCCAGUCCCAGCGCGCUGGGCAACAGAUAUUGGCCAUCUCCCGGACAACUGGCUUCGAAUGUUUAAGAUGGACGCCGCAGACUUCUGGCAGCAGGCGCGAGCCCCUUUCGGCCUGCAAACGGCGCUUCACCAGUACAACUCGCCACCGAACCAGCAGCAAGGUGCUGCCCACCACACCCUGCACCACUCCCUUCCGCAGGAGCACGAGCUCAUGGCCGAUGUCCAUUCGGGAGGCUCAGGAAGCUCAGUCCCGACGAACAGCGGCGGCUCCAUUGGCGGCUCCAUUGGCGGCUCCAUUGGCGGCUCCAUCGGCGGCUCCAUCGGCGUCUCCAGCCCUCAUCCGCCCCAGAGCAGCAAGGUCGAGUCCGGGUCCGGAUCCGGAUCCGGACUGCAUCAGCAAUCGGAGCAGCAGUCGUACGGGGGCGACUCCUUCCGCAGCUCGCAGUCGCCGCAGCUGAGCAGCCACCACCUGCUGUUCAACGCGGCUGCAGCAGCCGCAGCGGCCGCCCACCUCAAGUCCACGGCCCUGCAGACCAACCUCUCGUCCAUGGGGGACCAGGCGCAGGGCACGCUCCGCGGCUACGGCCACGCCCACGCCCACGCCCACGGCCACGGAUCCCUGAACGCCCUGUGCGGGAUAAAGCCCAAGCAGGAGAUGGACGCCACGCCGGCCCACCAGCCGCUGGACGAGUGCCACCAGCCGCUGGCGCAGGCGCAGUCGCAGACGCAGAGCCAGCCCUCGUACGGCGGGGGCGGGGGAGCGGACUUCUACGACGUGGGCGAGGCGCCGGCGAGAAAGACGGACGCGGGCGACGCCGAGGGACAGGGUCGGUCGCUGACCAUUGGCCUCGGCGCCGACGAGGCGCAGUCCCAUCCGCGGACCCAGCCACUGGCGAUGGCGGGAAGAGGCCUUCAGACGCUACACGCCAAGCCAAUGUCUCCGGGCACGGGAGCAGGAGCAGGAGCAGGAGCAGGAGCAGGAGCGGGAACUGGAGCAGCAGAAGCAGGAACAGGGACAGGAGGCCGACCCACAAUGAUCGACAAGACCUUGUCGCAAGGCCAACAGUCGCCACAGCACUCCUCAUCGCCAUCCGGCGGCAGCACGACGCCCGACAUAAAAUACAACAACGACAAGAUGGCCAAUGAAAUUCAGCUUCAGCUAUCCCGGUCGAGCAGCGCAGCCGCGAUCAGUGAACGCACCCUUGAAGAAUGUUGGUCAACCCUGCAACGACUCUUCAUGCACAAAAGCGCGAUGCAGCAAAUCCAGCAGCAGAUCCCCCGCGUCGGCCUAGGAACCCACGGCGUCGCCGGCCCGGCCUCCUUGGGCGGCAGCAUCACGCCCGGCUCGGACACCAAGCCGCACCAGUGCCAGCAGUGCAUGAAGAGCUUCUCCAGUAACCACCAGCUCGUGCAGCACAUCCGGGUGCACACCGGAGAGAAGCCCUACAAGUGCUCCUACUGUGAUCGUAGAUUUAAGCAGCUCUCGCAUGUCCAGCAGCACACGCGCCUCCACACAGGAGAACGACCCUACAAGUGCCACUUGCCAGACUGCGGGCGAGCGUUUAUUCAACUCUCGAAUCUGCAGCAACAUCUACGGAACCACGACGCUCAGGUAGAACGUGCCAAAAACCGACCCUUCCACUGCAACAUAUGUGGCAAGGGCUUCGCCACUGAGUCUAGUCUGCGAACCCACACAUCGAAGGAGCUACAGCUGCAUCUUGGUGUCUUGCAGCAGCACGCCGCACUAAUAGGCGGUCCAAACGCCACGUCCUGUCCUGUGUGCCACAAACUCUUCCUCGGCACAGAGGCCCUUGUGGACCACAUGAAGCACGUCCAUAAGGAAAAAAGCCCCGCCCCAAGUGGAGCAGGCUUAUCUCAGUUCAGCGAACUCAAUCAGGGAGCUGCUGGCAGUGGGAACGGAAACGGCACUGGACUUGGCAACGAACAGAUAUCCACGCAAUGCAUUUCUGAGUCGAACUGCGCACAGAGCUCCCAUCAGGCAACCGCUGGUGGCUCCAACCUAAUAGACAGCUACUUAGGCAAGAGGAGGACAGCCAACCAUCCCUGCCCAGUGUGCGGCAAGCACUAUGUCAACGAGGGAUCCCUAAGGAAACAUCUAGCCUGCCACGCCGAAACCUCCCAGCUCACAAACAGCCUGCGAAUGUGGCCUUGUAGCGUUUGCCAGGCAGUCUUCACUCAUGAAAAUGGCCUUCUUACCCACAUGGAGUCGAUGCGCAUGGAUCCGAAACAUCAGUUUGCGGCUCAGUACGUUUUGUCUCGAGCAGCUGCAGAACAGCGAGAGCGGGACUCCCUUUUGGCGGUAACCCUAGCUGCCAGCAGUGGGACUGGCGGAAGGAUGGGAAUGGCAGACGCCGGGAACGCUCUACCAAUGGGCACUCGCAACUCGGAGGGAUCCAACUCAAAGUGCCCUUCCCCUUCGGCCAACUCCGAAUGCUCCUCCAACGGACGACUGUCCUCGUCGACGACCUCCGAUCAGGACCAGGACAUCGAUCACGGCUUGAGCGAGAAUGAGAACAGCAACCAAAACAACAUCAGCAGCAGUGCCAACAACAACAACAAUUGCACAAACAACAACAAUUCCCACUCCAACAAGAUCACCGAGCUGCGACUCCCGAGCUCAGGCCAAUACUCCAUGGGCACGGAUCUGCACGUCGCCAACCGCAUGUCCUUGAUGGCCGCGGCUGCGGCGGCAGUGGCUGCAUCGCGACCCCAGGACGGAGUGGACUCGUCAGCAGUUCCGAGCGCUGCAGUCCAAGCCGCUGUGGUCAACCUGGCCGCUGCCAUGCGAAUGAACAAUCCCAGCAACGGCCCCACCGCCUACCAACAGCAUCACGGCGACCACACUCAGCCACACCACUCACAUCCGCAUCCGCACCCGCAUCCACACCCCCACAACCAUCACCAGCAGCAGGCUCCUCAGCACCAGCAGCAGCAACUGUCCCACCUGCUGGUCCACACUCAUCAUGGCAGCAGCAACUCCCGCUCGCAACGGUCUCCCAACCUGAAUGUGCCAAGUUUGCAGAACGAGUCGUCUGCUGCCGCAUCGAUCGCCAUGAACAUGAACGUCCAUAUGAUGCGCGGCUCACUUGAGCCGGAUCCGGGCCUGGGGGGAAUGCAUCCCAUAGACGUCCUCCACCAGCAACAGCAGCACCACCACCACCAGACGUCCAACUACUCGCAGCACGCAGUGGCUCCCACCUCGCAGCAGGCGCAUGCGCAUGCGCAUCCGCACCCGCAGGCACACCACACAUCCCACCACCACCCGGAUCCGGAAACAGCGCUCCGCAUGCACCAGGCGGAAGCGAUCUUGCGCUCCCACACCGAAGCCGCCUUUCGACUGGCCACUGGCACGGUGCCCGUUUCUGGAGCAGGAACUGGAGGUGGAGCUGGAGGUGGAGGUGGAGGUGGAGCUGGAGUGAAAAGCGAGGCGGGUGAGCUGCAGCAGCAACUCAGCAGUCACGGCAACUGCAGUGGAACUGCCAGCAGCAACGACCAACAGCAUCGGUUCCACACGCAUCAGCAGGAGCACCAACUGCCAUCGAGCUCGUGAAGUUCGGCGAUCGAAUGCGCUGGGGCAGAAUGAGAUUGAGAUUGAGAUGGAGAUGGAGAUUGAGAUAGAGAUAGAGAUUCAACAUCAAGUACAACGAUUUCCCUAUUGCGUCGAUUUCAGUUGAAACAAUAGGAUUAACACAUAUGAAUGCGUAAGCCUCUAAAAGUAAACUAAUUUGUGGAGAAGGCGUUGAUGUAAACGAGAUUAUGUUUGUAUGUAAGUUUAAAUGAGUAGACAACAACGCCCUAAGUUAAAAAACGAUCCCAUUCAUUGUGCAAUACUAUAAACUAACGUCAAUGUCGGCAGAUAAAAAUAUGUAAAAACUUUCGUGUUAUGUUAACGUUUAUUAUAAGAGUAAAGAUAAAUGCGCGAAAAUCA